AUGCAGCUUUUUCCAGCAGCCCCUUCGCGAAGCCUUGCCUUCUCUGCGCCCUGCCCCUUCUCGGCACGCGCCGCGGCCGGGAGGGAGCGUGCUCUCGCCCUGCCAUUCAAGAACAAGGGCAAGGUCGCAGCCCUACGCGCCCUCACCAACCUCGUUCUGCCGGGGGACAUCGGGCGGAACGGCGUUUUACCCGGCCGAGCCGAUCAGCCGCAAGGGGGCGACCUAGUGAAGCACGCCGGGGAGAACAACAUGGCGACAGGGGCAGGACUCGAGAUGCAAGUUGACCACCAGGGGAAUUCCCCCACGAAAAGACGUGCGCCGGACAAGCAAGAAGACCUCGCACUAAACAUUGACAUCAUUCGGGAAGCCAUUCGGGGGGAACUCAAAGAUGCCCUCUCCGAUGUCAAACAAGACCUGCGCUCCUUUGCCACGCGGGUGGACAACGUUGAAAACCAGGUGACCAGGAAGAUGCAGCAGACCAUCAACCUCCUUGACGAUAUGACCACCAAGUAUGCAAGCCACGGGGACAUCCUGCAGCAACUCCAGGAAGCCAACAAGGAAGUGAACCUCCGCCUUGAGCGCCUCGAAAAAGGGGGGGGAGCUUCGUCCGUGGCCGGGAGCACUGCAGCCUCAGACAACUCUCGACGACCCGCACUGAUAGUGGGGGGAUGGGAUCCAGACCAAGACGCUGCAACUACCAAGGAGGCCGCAAUGGACGUGCUAAAAGCGGUGGAAGCCCCCAUCGCGUUGGAUUCGAUGUUUGUUCCGGGCGUCCGUCGGGGAUAUGCCAUCGUCCCCAUCGACGACCGCCUGGGGGAGCACUUCGAGCAGCGCAAGCAGCGCAUCCAAGAUGUCAUCGCCAAGGUGAGGGAAGCGAACAUACAACUGGGGAGACGCCCUGACGGGGGGACCAAACGCGUCUGGAUCGCUAUGAGCCAACCUCCUGAUCGACGCCGCAGAGCACGCUUGGCAGCCAAAGUAAAGCGUUUGUACCUCACCUUGGGGGGGAACAAAGACGCACUGCAAAUGGAGUUCAGCACCGGAACCGCCUGGGUCGACAGCGUGAAGGUCAGCUCAGCCACAGCCCCGAAGCCUGGGAGGACAGAGGACGCUGGCCCUGGAUGGGUCAACCUAGCGGAAAUAGCCAAAGCUACCAGGACCACACAACAGGCAGUCUCGGCAGCCUGGUCUCCGCUCAAGGCGGAGAUCAACUGA